GAAGAAUUUUACUGCAUACCCACAAUGAGAAUUUUGUGGAUUUUCGUUUUCUUGAUGUUGUUGACUGUUGCAAUUGGAAGUGAAAAUCUUAACUCUCAUGUGUUUUCGAGGCCAUUGAUUAUUGAGUAUCCUGAAAAUAAUGAAAACCAAUUGAAGUGUACGAGUUGGAGGUUUGCUGUUGAAACGAAUAAUUUAAGUCCAUGGAAGACGAUUCCAGAGGAAUGUGCUGAUUAUGUGAGGGAAUAUGUUGUGGGUCCGGGUUAUAAAAAUGACAUUGAUAGGGUUUCGAAUGAGGCGGGAGAAUAUGCGAAAAGUGUUGAUUUGGGAGAUGAUGGAAGAGAUGUGUGGGUUUUUGAUGUUGACGAAACUUUGCUUUCUAAUCUUCCGUACUAUUCUGAUCAUGGUUAUGGAUUGGAGGUUUUUGAUAGUGUGGAAUUUGAUAAAUGGGUUGAGAAGGGAACGGCACCAGCCUUAGGGUCCAGUUUGAAGCUUUAUCAAGAAGUUCUGAGUUUGGGAUUCAAAGUUUUCUUGCUGACUGGGCGCAGCAAAAGACACAGAAGUGUUACAGUGGAGAAUUUGAUGAACGCUGGAUUCCACGAUUGGCACAAGCUCAUUCUUAGAGGGCCGGACGACCAUGUCAAAACAGCAACAACCUUUAAAUCAGAGAGACGAAAUGAGAUUGUAGAAGAAGGGUUCCGAAUAGUGGGCAACUCAGGAGACCAAUGGAGUGAUCUGCUAGGUUCUUCUAUGUCUAAUCGCUCAUUCAAGCUUCCAAAUCCCAUCUACUACAUUCCCUAAAGUAGAACUUGUAACUAAUAGGUUUGGUAGCCCAUGUUGAUGCAACAUGCCGAUGAUUUUUUUUUUUCACUGGCUAAUGGCUACCUUAUAAAUAAUGUAACUGUAAUUCUUGUAAUCCCUUAAACUGGAUUAUUGAUGAUUCAAUGAAUGUAUGCCAUAGCAGCAACAAUUGUGCAUAACCACCAUUUCCGUCUGUGACAUCUCU